AGCAGGGAGAAGCUGAGUGUUAUUGCUGAGCAACGGAGCAACGGAGGGAGAGAAGGCCGACAGAGCGCAGAGAGCCAGACUGAACUGCAGCAGCGGCGGCAGGGCUGGGCUCCACACACACACACACACACACACCUUCUACUGAGACACACACACCGGAGAGGAACAAGGCCUGGGCGGUUGGGAAGUCAGCGUGGCUGGCUUUGACCUCCUUUCCAGCUCUUCUGGAAGAGAGCGAGGGGAGGAGGAAGGCAGGAGGGAAAAAUAAAUGUCCUGCUGGGGAGGCCAGCCAACAUUCCUACAUCACUUCCUCCUCUAACAUCUGGCAAUGAUCAGGGCAGGCAGAGAGGAAGAGAGGAUGCUUCUCACUGGAUGGCCUAGCUGUGUCGUGUUGUCAGCAGUCGAUCAGCAGUGAGCUAUCUGGACCAGAGGUGUGUAGCAGAGGCAGCAGCGGGUUGCAGAGAUGAGCGUGACCUCGUGGUUCCUGGUGAGCAGCGGAGGGACUCGCCACAGACUCCCCCGGGAAAUGAUCUUUGUUGGCCGGGAUGACUGCGAGCUCAUGCUACAGUCCCGCAGCGUGGAUAAGCAGCAUGCAGUCAUCAACUACGAGGCCGGGACAGACGAACACAAGGUCAAGGACCUGGGCAGCCUGAAUGGGACCUUUGUAAACGAUGUCCGCAUCCAGGAGCAGAUGUACAUCACUCUGAAGUUGGAGGACAAGCUGAGGUUUGGAUAUGAUACCAACCUGUUCACGGUGGUGAGAGGAGAGCUCACUGUGCCUGAGGAGGCUCUAAAGCAUGAAAAGUUCACCAGCGGCCUCCAGCUCAGCAAGAAACCGUCCAACGGUGAAACCACUACCAUCACAACCACAACCAAGUCCCCCACUAAGACCCCAACAAAGACGCUGAGGUCCCCCAGCAGCAGUGCCCCAAGGCCAGGGGAGAGUAGAGCAACAGACGGGGUCGCUACUUCCUCCAAAGAGCCGCCAGCCAAACCUGUGGAUACUCACAAAGCAGAGGAGAGGUUAGGAGGGGAUGCUACAGCGUUGCCACGUGGGACCCCCCUGUACGGCCAGCCGUCUUGGUGGGGGGAUGGGGAUGCAGACGAUGAGAACUCCUUCAAACAGGAAACCAAGUCAUCCCACAAAAAACAUGACAGCUCCAUCUCAGACAGCAAAGAGGCUCGUCGAGGGGAGAAAGCUAAAGAGGACGGCCUCCAUGCGUCCACCGCUCACGAUUCCAGUUACUUUGAGAUGCCAACUAAGGAGGGUCACAUGGUCAAUAACGGCAUCCAUGAGAUUCCCACCAAGGACACAGAGGGCACCGCCGCUGCAGCUCAAGGCCACGCCUCCUUCACCAUAGAGUUCGACAACACUUCUCCAGGGAAAGUCACCAUCAAAGACCAUGUCUCAAAGUUCCAACCCGACCACCCGAGACCUCGCUCCAAGAAGAGUGGAGCAGGAAGUGGAGGAGGAGGAGGGAGGGACUUGAGCACACUGCAAGCCGCUAUGAUGGCAUCGGAGAGCAAGGUGGCUGAUUGGCUGGCCCAGAACGACCCCACUCUAGUGCGCAGCGAGUCAACGGAGGACGACAGCAAGAGCAUCAAGAGUGACGUGCCGGUCCAUCUCAAAAGGCUAAAAGGCAGCAAGCAUGAGGAUGGCACCCAGAGUGACUCAGAGAACGGAGUGGGCCUACGUUUUGCCAACCGCCGCCACGCCCUCGAGGAGCGCCUGAAAGCAGCGCACGGCUACGCGGGAGCAGGAGGGGGGAACGUGACUGUGAGUGGGUCCAGAACAGGCGGCAGCCGCACUUCCUUCAUGAUCGAGUUCUACGACGAGGAAAACCAUCGCAAGCGCCGGUCAUAUUCGUUUUCCCAGACUGCACCCCUACAGGGGAUAGGAGCUGGCGGGGAGGCCCUGUUUCCCCAGCCUCCCUCUCACCCUAAGGUGUUCAGCAUUUCCACCUCUGCUACGUUAGCCUCAGACUCAGGUAAAGUCCCAGCUCCGAUACCAGCCACAGUGACUGCAGGUGCCCCCACGGCUGCCCGCGUCCUUCUCAAGCAGAGGUCAGAGGACCCCAGUAUCGGUCGCAGCUCAAUCAGCACCGGGCUGGCGACGGGCAGCCCCACCAGCCCCAGCGAGGACGCCUCGGUCGUGGGGAGAGGAGCUGGGGGGGAGGCAGAGGACGACCACAGCGAUAAGGGGACCUACACUAUCGAACUGGAGAACAGGAACGCAGAGGAAGAGGAGGCCAGGCGCAUGAUAGACAAGGUGUUUGGUGUGCAGCAGAACCAGGAGUCCUCUUGUCUGUCAGACCUGAACAGAGAAGGAAAAGGAAAGGAGACAGGAGAGACGGGGAAAGAGGCUCUCCCUGGCGACUCGAGUUGGGUCUCUCAGUGGGCCAGUAUAGCUGCCAAUCACACCAGGACAGACCCAGAGGGCUCAGGAGCAGAAACAGCCGCCUUCCUCCACAAAGAGAGAGGAACCGAUGCCUUUGAGUCUGCUGCUUCCCUCAGCAGAGGCGAAUCCUCCUCCAGUCUGACCGACCGUAAGCGCAGGACCCUCCCCCAGCUCCCUGUGGAUGACCCCCGGGCUAAAUCCAGCACCAAAGCUCUUGGACUAAGGUCCGAGAUUGGGGAGAAACAGGACACUGAACCCCAGGAAAAAGAGAACAAGGGAGACGGGGAGUCCCCGACUCCCACGAGGGACGACGAGAUGACCAGUAAACGGAAGCAAAGCUCCACAUCCUCCCCAUCCAAGGCUCCCCUCCGGUCCUCUGGCAGCGCUGAGCGGAGGAAGAGGUCAGAGGAGAGGAAAGGAGGAGGAUCAGGAGAAGGAGGAGAGAAGUCCGGGAAGCCCCUUGUGCGCCAGGGCAGCUUCACAAUCGAGAAGCCCAGCGCUAAUGUCCCCGCGGAGCUCAUCCCUCGCAUCAACAGAGGCGGCGGUGGGCGCGAACGCAGUGACUCCACGGGCAGCAUGGAUACUGCUACGCUCCUGAAGGACACUGAAGCUGUCAUGGCAUUCCUUGAGGCCAAACUAAAAGAUGAAAACAAACUAGACCAGAAAAGUAGUAAAACUGGCGUCUCUCGGACUGACUCCAUCUCUCCUGAGUCAGAUGUCGACACGGCCAGCACAGCUAGUCAUGUGGCGGGAGAGGCAGAGAGGAAAGCCGGUGGCGAGCAUAAACGACGUUCCUUCAGCAGCAUGCACAGGGAGAAGAGCAACAUCAGCACAGCUUCCAAGACCAGCGUCACUAACGCAAGUGCCCGUGACCGCUUGGAUAGGAAGACUAAAACAAGAACUUCGGAAGCGACGAGCCGGACUGAUGCGCGGCGCUCUGUUCAGCCGUCCUCUGCUUCCUCCAGAGGACGCCAGCCUUCUCUGGAUCUCACCGACGAUGACCAGAACUCUUCCUUCCCCAUCUCUGACAUCCUCUCCUCAGACCAGGAGACCUACUCUGGACCUUUGGGACGCUCAGCACACGGACGUGGCUCGGAUGAUGUUCUCCAUUCCAAACUCGAUAACAGGUCUAAAACCUCCACUAGUGGAUCCUCCAAAACCAGGAGCACUCUCCAGGCAGCCACAACCGCCUCCCUGAGCAAGCAGGCAGCGCUGCCUCAGCCGCGGCCCACAAGAGCCUCCCUUCUCCGCCGUGCCCGGCUGGGCGAUACCUCUGACACGGAUCUAGCCGAUGCAGACAGGGUGUCUGUGGCCUCUGAGGUGUCCACCACCAGCUCCACCUCUAAGCCGCCAUCCGGUCGAAAGGGAUUGUCACGACUGGACAUGCUGGCUCAGCCGCGUAGGACCCGUCUGGGCUCCAUCUCAGCCCGCAGUGACUCAGAGUGUACAAUGACACGGAGCUCCACCUCCUCACCCCGUCUGUCAGCUGAGACCGCUCUGCGUCUGGGCCUGCGCUCAUCAACACCAACAGAGAGCAGGCUGACACCCAGGAUGAGGGCCAACAGCGUGUCCAAACUGAACGAGGCCAAGACUAAGACCACUACAUCUGGAUACUGCUCACCCACAGAGAGCUCUCAGCCCGAACCCGAGGGCGCUGAUGCAGAGGAAGAGCUGAUGGUGUCCAGUAGCAGCAGGUGGAGACGUCUGCCGCCGGAGUACGGCUCCACCUCGGAGGAAGAGUUUGGCUCCAACCGGAAUUCUCCGAAGCACGGAGGACGCUCCCACAUGCGACCUCAUCACCUCGCCCCGCAUCGCAGCUCGAGGCUCGGCACCGCCGCGAGCCCAGGCUCCGCCGUGGUGACGGGUCCGGGUGGAGGGGCGAUCAAACACCGCAUGAAAGAGCAAGAGGAGUACAUCAAGGACUGGACGGCUCACAGCGAGGAGAUAGCCAGGUUAUUCCCAUGUGUGCGCAGGAUCAGCCAGGACCUGGCUAAGGACUUGGCCAUCUUGGCCCGCGAGAUCCACGACGUGGCCGGCGAGAUCGACUCGGUCAGCUCAUCCGGCACGGCGCCCAGCACCACCGUCAGCACCGCCGCCACCACCCCGGGAUCGGCCAUCGACACCCGGGAAGAGGUAGGCCCUGCACGUCCCACGCAGCCGGACAUACAGGAGAGCAUGAGAAAGUUGGUGGAUCGGGUGUUUGACGAGAGCCUCAACUUCAGGAAGAUCCCGCCUGUGAUUUCAACCAAUAAGGCACCAGAGAUCAACGGUAAGCCGGUGGAGCUCCGCCCCCGUGCCCCUGACAGCCUAGAGCCCCGAGCUCUGAGGAGACGCACCUGGAACCGAGAGGAGGCGGUGUUGGACAGCCUGCUGCUCCAUUCAGUUUCUCAGCUGUCCACCAAGAUCAGAACCUCUAUCGACAAAACAGCAGGAAAAAUCAGGAUAUUGUUUAAAGAUAAGAACAGGAACUGGGACGAAAUUGAGAAUAAGCUGCGAUCGGAGAGUGACAUACCACUCCUGAAAACCUCCAACAAGGAGAUCUCCUCAAUUCUGCUCGAACUGAAGAGAGUUGAGAAACAGCUUCAAGUGAUCAAUGUGAUGGUAGACCCAGAUGGGACUCUGGACGCCCUGGCCAGCCUCGGCCUGACCAGCCCCACCACCCCUACCAAGCCCCAAACCGCCAAAACGACUGCCACCAGCCCUGGGUCCGCGCCCCUAGCCAAAGAAGCUCUGCCGGAGAUCCUCCCCGGGCCUGGAGGAUCAGCAGCCUCCGCCAGGGUUCAAGCUUCCUCCGCCAGCACGGAGGAGACGGCCCGAGAGCCCGGCUUGAGUCUCGGGUUAGCGGGAGUCGGAGGACUGCCCUUCAACCGCAUACGGCCGAGCGGAGAGGAAGCCAUCGCACAGAAGUGAAAGUUUCCCCUGACGUCGAUGUUAUGUGAAUAAAGUCUGGAUUGGAGUGCAGGUGGCUGGUGGUCCAAUAUCCACAAGCAGGUGUCGAACAGUUGCCAUCCUACUACCACCAGUCUAAGAUUAUGGGUAUAAUACAUAUAAACUCAAUUUAGCUGACUUGGCCGGAAAUGAAGUGCUUCAAACUGACCUAAACCCCGACUGAUGCAUCAUGGAUAAACCCCUGGAACGGAGUCAUAUUAUGAGCUUUUCAACUUCAAGCUGUUCAUGCUUACUGGCCAACCUGACUUCCUGUCCUGAUGGACUGAAGGUUGCUCUCUCAGUGGACACAUCUCUGUGGUUGUACAGUCUCCUCCAGUCUUCUCCUCUUGCCUUCUCCACGUGUCUGGACCCUACCUACACUAAGGACAUGCCUUAAAAACACAUCCUCGAUAGUAGCAGCCCUCUGUUCCCCCUCAAAGAAUAUACAGAACAACUUUUCAUACAGUACUUUCAGACAAACAGAAUGCAUUGUAAAAUAACACUUAUGUUCUAUUAUAAUACAGCACACUGCAGUGAUUUAUUAGCUCUUGUUCAGUACAAAGAAUAUUUCCGCAGCCUUAAGUAACCACCCUGACAAACCACGCAGUCAUACAGACAUGCCUGAAACUGCUCACAACUCUAACCGUCCAUCGAUGCGUCUCUGAAACUGACUCCGUUGAAAAAGGAUCUGUAGUGCCUCCCCAUCUCUUUCUCCGUCACCCAUCAUGUUUUACUCUUUCCCCUCCCUCUUUCUCUCCCCAGUAGUUGGAACAAAGUGUGUUACUCCCAGUAGCAUGUACAGGACAGAGCUGAGAGAUUUCUUCCUGCAAGUUGGUGUCUGUGUUGAUCUUACUAAUAACCGAAUGGUAGUUUUACACAAUAGUAACAGCAUUUGGGAAACCAAUGAUCAUUUUUCAGACACUUACCAAAGUUAACAAGUUUGUUUAUAUUUUCAAACAGUCGAGCCAUCUUGAAAUUCAUCUGUUGUGCAAAAGCCGGAGAAUCUGUAUUUAAAAUAUGGCGGUUUAUCUUAUGUGUGGUAGUGGCUAGAAGGGAGCCCGCAAACUUAACGAGAUCGUUAAGGUUGAGAUAGGUUGUCUGGCAGCGAUUUGCAGGCUCCAUUCUAGACAUAACCCUUAUAUGUCUCACCUUCUGCAGUUCACCCUCUUUCUCUGAAUGUCAAGACCAUUUUUCAUUCAAAAAAAGCUUAUUUAUUAUAAUGAAACGUUAGUUUGAAUCAUUGCUGCCAUACCUUUUUUGGCUAGUGCGACAUGACCCGUGAGAAUCAGUGCCCUUAGCUAUUUGCUACUGUACAUCCACUCAAGUGUCCUAUGAUUUCCAAUUGGCUUUUUUUUUUCUACUUUUUCCAGUCACGGGUGAUGUUUUUAAACUAGCAAUGAUGAGCAAAGAAAAUAACUGUUUAAACUAAAUAUUUUCUAAUAUUUAGAUACUGGUAUUGUAGAUAUUGUAGACCUUUACUUUGUAAUGCUUCGAACCGCCUCGCAAUUCAUUUCAUUUUCUUUGUCUGUCACUCACCGGUUUGAGUACACACAAAACCUGAACAUGGAAAAGCUGCUGGCAUUAGUUUUAAAGAUCACGUGUGACUUACAUGGAGGCAUUUUGUGCUUCGAAAUGUGUCUCUGAGGAAGUUCAGUGAGUAGAAAUGAACACACAUUUGAAAGUAAGCUCCCCAUCUACUUUAGGAGUUUUGUUUGUAAAGCGGCUUCAUAUCAGUGUAUAUAGGUGCGUUGUUCCAUUUCUACCAGCGGGGGGGUCCAGCGUACUGAUACUGUAAUAUUGCAUACAGUAUAGUUAACCUCUUUCUCAUUGACUUUGCUGCUUUUCUAGUUACUUUAUGGGGACUAACCAUUUUGUGAAUCUCUCCUCAGCUUCUAGUCAGUGUUCUUGAGGCAGUAUAUUAGUACUUAGAAACUCUUACAAUAGUGAAUUUAGGUACCAGAAUACAUGUUCAUUUCCUUCUCGCUCUACUGUACUGUACAGUGUUUUUCAAUGCCUCAAAGUGCCCAUUUUGACUAUAGAAGGGCAUUGAUUAAAAGAAAAGGACGUAGCUGUCGAAAAGAUUUCUCUUAUUUUGCACAUCAGAUUGUGGCGUUUUUCAUACAGAAGCAGUGAAGAAGCGGUGGAAGGCCGCGUCAAAUGUCAAGUGACUGCCUUGCCUCUCUGGAACUAUUCUGUCUGUACAAACGAAACCUCAAAUCGUAGUUUUGUUUUGUUUUUCCUUCUCCGUUUUAUCAAAAGAAAUGAAAUUAGGGGACUGUGAUUGCUAGGUACAUGUUUAUUUUUUAAAUUCUACAUGUGUCAUCUGAUCAGUGUUCUUUGUCAUUUUUUGUAAAGAAGAAAAACACCAUUUUAUUUAUUUUUUUUGUUUAAUAUUUGUGGAUGUUUCAUGCAUUUUAUAUUUGUUCAACUAUCUGCAUUGUUUCUUACUGUUAAUAAAAACAGAGCCAUUCACUUUG